AUGCCUCCGUACAAGCAGCAGCUUGCUGCUGCUAUUGCUGCACUGGAUGCAUCGCUGCAGCCGCGAGCGCAGCAGCACGAGCUGAAGCGGGUGCUGCUUCAGGUGUUGCGCCCCCUGCUGCAGCACCACCUGGGGGGAUCGCUGGCGACAUUCGGUUCCUGCAGCAACGGCUUCUGGGUGAAGGGCAGCGACAUCGAUGCAUGUUUGCUGCUGCCGGGCGUCUUGCAGAAAUCUGAACAGCUCGCCAAACUAAGAGUAACAAAAUAUCUGACGGAGACAUUUUCUAUCGGCACCGCAGAAGUCAUCCCUGCCCAAGUUCCUAUCGCAAAGGUGGUUGGAGCAGACAAACUAAGUUUAAUUGAUGUCUCUGUCUCUAACUCUGCUGCUCUGUGCAACUCUGCGUUAGUGAAGACGCUGGCGGAGACAGACACCCGAGUGCUGCUCUUAGGCAGACUCCUUAAACACUGGGCCUCACAACGAGGCAUCAAUAACAGGGACAUCGAACUCCCUGAGGCGUCACUAGAGGGCGCUCAGCCCACAGCAGCAGCAGCAGCAACAGCAGCAACAGCAGCAGCAGCAGCAGCAACAGCAGCAAGAGGCGCUGCUGCGCCACAGCGGGGGACUGCGAAGGGCAUUGGGGAUCGUCUCCAGGGAGACGAUCCCAGCUGUCUCCCUUUUAUAUCGGACAGCGCAAAAAUAAAAGAAAUUAUGAAGAGACACCCCAAGAACGAAGAGACAGUAGAAGAACUCCUCAGGGGAUUUUUUCAUUUCUACGGGUACGCGUUGCCUCGUCUUCGUUGCGAAGGCUCUGUGGUGUUAGAUUUGUAUGACGCCUCUCUACAUGUGGGGUCGGAGGAGAUCGAUCCCCGGCAGCUGCAUGCAUAUGCUGCAGCACCAAAAGCAGCAGCAGCAGCAGCAGCAGCAGCAGAGACACAGGAGGGGCUCCUUGGGGGGCCCCCUAGUCUUAUACAGGAGCAAAGAGAGACACUGCUGCAGCUGCAUGCACGCAGCAGCAAACUAUUUGCUGCGCUGCCCCGCUGCGCAGCCCUUGCGCAGCCCCUACCCUACACCAGCAGCACCAGCAACAGCAACAGCAGCAGCAGCAGCAGCAGCAGCAGGCUGUGCUUGGCAGCUGCUGCUCCUGUGCUGCUGAUGAGGUGCCCGCUCUCGCGCUGCAUAGUAAAUCGCUUCAGCGUGCAUGCCUGGGCCUCAAUCCUUUCGGAGUUUGUAAGGGGACAUCUGCUGCUGGAGUUGCUGCUGCAGCAGCAGCAGCAAGAGCAGCAGCAGAAAGAUCAGCAGCAGCAGCCAAAGCAGCAGCAAAAGCAGCAAAAACAGCAGCAAGAGCAGCAGCAGCAGAUUUCCUUCGAUCUCCUCUUCAAACCGUUGGAGGUUGCACACAAGGACCGGGCAAAAGCAGACACUUACGCUUAUAGGAGAUUUGCUGCAGCACUGGCGAGGAGUCAGGGCCUCCUUCCGCACCCAGCAGCAGCAGCAGCAGCAGCAGCAACAGCAGCAACAGUAGCAGCUGCUGCUCCUGCACCAGCAGCAGCGAGAGCUGCAGCACGGGGCCGCUGA